CAUGUGUUCACUCUUCUGAGGAACCUCACCGACCAUAUAUAUAUAUGAAACCACUUUCAAGGCAUUUGCUGGCGAGCAGCUGACCUACUUCAAUCCAUUUUUCUUCCAGCCAAUCUCUUGCUGCCUAAUAUUAUGAAAGCGUUUUUUAGCAGGUUUUUCUCACAGCUGUGAAAGAAGGUGCUAGGUGUUGCUUUCAGUUGUUUCUAGAGCAAAUGUACAGGUGGAAAAUGAUUUAUUAUUUUUUCUUCCUGCUGUGCACAUCUGUCAAUGGGGGGUUUACAUUAGAUCUUUCAUCUGGUGAAGUUGAGUCCUGGCAGGAGCCACUAAUAACUGCUGAAGUUGGACACAGUGUAAACCUGUCAUGUUUAUGUAAAAAGAGAAUGACAACUAUUAUAUGGCUCAGACAAAACCUGGGAGAGAAGCCUUUUGUCAUUGCUACAUCAUAUCAGUUUCAAUCUCCAAUGUUUUAUAAUAAUUUUGACAAGAUCGGCCGCUUCAUUGCCACGAUCGGACCUUUCACUUUUAACCUGAGCAUCUUAAAUCUAAAACUAUCAGACUCUGCCACUUACUACUGUGCUAUCACAUUUCUUUAUGACAUAACCUUUGAACAAGGAACAGUUCUGAUCGUGAAAGAUAAUUCAUUAAAAAGCAGCACACUUAUCCAGCAGAAAAAAGGUCAGCUGGUUGGUCCAGGAGACUAUGGGUUUCAGUGUACACUCGUCACCGACCGCUGUGAAGGAAAUCACAGCGUCUACUGGUUCAGACACCGCUUAGGAGAACAUCAGCCAGGCAUCAUUUACACUCAAGAACAAAGCAGUGAUCACUGUGAGAAGAACUUCACUGGUGGUUCUCUGACACAGACAUGUGUUUACAGUCUCCCCAAGAACCUCAGCCUGUCUGAUACAGGAACAUACUUUUGUGCUGUGGCUGCAUGUGGAGAGAUACUGUUUGGGAACAGAAUUAAACCGCUUAUCACAGAUGCUCAAUUUCAGAUUAAUGCUCUUGUCCUUCUCUCCAUCAUAAGAUCAGCUGUGGUUGUUUUCAUGUUAACUGUUUGUCUACUCUAUACCUGUAUACGUCAUUAACAAAAGUUGUUAACAUUUUCUUUGUAAAGGUCUUUUGCUAAAAGCCUGUAUUUGUAAAGGUUAACGACUAAGCUUAUGAUUAUUUACAAUUAAUUGGAAUGUUACGUUGACUUUGUUAUUGUUAUUUGUUACAAAGUUAAAAAAUAAGUUCUAACUUCAUUAAAGUGACGUGACAUAAGGCUAA